ACCUAGCAGUGGGCGUGGCUUCGUUUCGGCCACUAUAUAAGGAGACGCCGCCGAGUCAUCGGCAGAGUCGCCGGAGAUUCCCUGUGGACAUGAAGACUUUGGCCAUCGCUGUCGCCCUCGUGGCGUUUGUAGGAGUCAGUGUGAGCGGAGAUCCUGAAGCUGAUGCUGAGCCCAGCCGCUAUGGAGGCGGCUUUGGAGGCCAUGGGGUGGUGUCCUACAGACCCGCGUACAACAGCUACGGCUACGGACGCUGGAAGAGGAGUGCUGAGGCUGAGCCUGUAGCUGAGGCUGAUCCCGAGGCCGAUCCUUCCCGCUUCGGAUACGGGCAUGGCGGCUUUAGUCACGUGUCCUUCCAACCCGUAUACAGCAGCUAUGGCUACGGACGCUGGAAGAGGAGUGCUGAGGCUGAGCCUGUAGCUGAGGCUGAGGCUGAUCCCGAGGCCGAUCCUUCCCGCUUCGGAUACGGGCAUGGCGGCUUUAGUCACGUGUCCUUCCAACCCGUAUACAGCAGCUAUGGCUACGGACGCUGGAAGAGGAGUGCUGAGGCUGAGCCCGGAUUCAGCUUCGGUCACGGCUUCGGAGGUCACGGCCGCUUCGGAGGCUACAGGGGCUAUGGAGGCCACGGCGGAAGCUUUGGUGGACAUGGGCGUUUCUACGGCUGAAGGGUUCAUUUUUCCCAAGAUCAAUAAAGCUGAGCAAUUCUA